AUGUUUGCAAGCCGCGCCACCACGAGGUCGCGGCUAGCUCUCCGCACAACUCGUCCACCAACAACGAAACCAUCCUUGCGUCAUACCUCGACGAACUCUUCCUCUUCUUCCUCUCGAGCGGCAGACCGCAUCCUCGAUCGCGUCCCCCUCCGCUUCCAAAAAUACACCACCGGCCUCCGCAAAGCGCCCGUCUCGCACGUUGUCGCCUUCCUGAUCCUCCACGAAAUCACCGCCGUCGUGCCCCUCCUCGGCCUCUUCGGCUUCUUCCACUACACAAACUUUUUACCGCUCGAGUACGUAACGGGCCACUGGGCGGGAUACGUCAGGGAUGGUGUGGGUAUGGCGGAGAGGUAUUUUAGUAGGAAGGGGUGGUUUGGGUUCGAGGCCCAGGACCGCGGAACGAUGACGGGGCAGUUGGAGGGGGACGGUGAGGUUGAGAGCACGCAGGAUGUGCUGGAGAAGUGGCAGAGGGAUGGCAAGUACAAGGUUGUGGUGGAGGUUGCUAUGGCUUGGGCUAUUACGAAGGCGCUGCUGCCAGCGAGGAUCCUCGUCAGCGUGUGGGGGACGCCGUGGUUUGCGGGUGUCAUGGGCAGGGGACGUGGAUUGUUCAGAUCCAGUCGGUAG